AUGUCUCUACUACAAAAUGAAGACUUUGUCCUUUUGAACCUACGCACAUCAUAUCUAAAUUCUGUCAAAGAUGGCGUCGGUGAACGUCUGAUCAACGUCAAUCCGGCGAUCCUGAACGACCCUGGAUUUCGUGCCGCAGGAUGGACCGUCGAUUCCUCUACAAUCAAGCGGACAUAUUCCCCUCCUAUACCUACUGCAAUAGCUUCCGAAUAUUUCCAGGCUCCAGCUCGCUCAGGUGGUAUUACGCCGGCUGUGUUCGAAGAUGAGGAAGAAGGGGGGAUGGUGACAGGGGGAGGAGCAAGCAAUGAAACACCAGGACCGGGUCCCAUGGUGCGCCGGCGAAGACGAAAAGAGCAACAAGAGGAAGAUGACAGUAGCGAUUUAAGUGACGAAAGCGAUGAUGAUAGGGAUAGGGCCGCGCAACAGAUUAAAUUCACAAAGAUGCCCGUUCGGACCCGCGCUGGGUCAUCUCCGCUACGACAGUCGCCAAGGGAUGGACCGUCAGUGCAUCUACCGUCUCCAUCAAAGCCGAAUACCCGUCGUGGGUCUCUGGGUGCGAUUGAAGGAAUGAAAGGGCGUAGGAGGAGAGACACCACGACGAGCAGCGAGCUAUCUUCGGACAAUGAUCUCAAUCCAUCCUUUUUCAAGAGAAAGCCCUACAACAAUAAAAAGGCGAGCUAUAUGCUCUCUGAAAGGAUUCAAGAAGAGGAGCAGAAUGCAAAUGGCAACAUGGAAUCAGAAAGCGAGUCGGAUGCGGGUUCGGAGGGUACGACUCUGUCAUCGGAAUUCGCAGAGCCAGCUGAUUCCACCUCUCUUCUUGGGGUGGUUGGCAACCCCUUGGCAUCGUCUUCGCCAGUCAUGGAGAUGCGUCCCCCGCAAACAGCCCAUAUGUCGCCGAAAAAGACUCGACCCAGUCCUGCCGUGCUGCAGGCAUUACCGCCAUCCCGCCCGAUCAGCAUGGUGCAACCGACAAGUGCUCUUUCAGAAAUGAUCAAGGCACGAAAGAAGAAACCCGCAAGUCCAUUUGAAGCGUUUGCAAGUCUUUCUGGAAAAGGAGUGCCCAACCCGCUUUGGAUCAAGAUCUAUGCGCCGUCAUCAGAUGAAGCAGAAGAACCUUACGAAAUGCCCCUUCAGCGGUUUGGCGGAGAAAAUGAGAACGGCGACCGCAUGCCUGUCACUGUGGGGGAAGCCAUUGGUCUUAGUCUGUGGCGUUAUGUAGAAGAAGGCCGAAAGCCGCCGAUACCCGGCGAUAAAGUGAAUGUCAACCGGUGGACGCUUCGCAUGGUUGAAGAUGGUGAAGUUGACUACGACUUCCCAGCUUUGCACCGCACACGGCCGAUUUCGGACUUUACAUCGAACAAUAAUCGCGGUGCCCGUGGCCGGUCUCGAGAAAAGCCCUAUGAUGAAUUUGCUCUCGUGCAAGCGACAGAAGAGCAGUUUCAAGAGAAUGAGAAACUCACGCCCCAGUACUCUACCGAAACGGAGCAAGUCCAAGAUGAUUCUGGUGAGCUUACGCCUCUGGCCGGACAGCAACCACCUGCUGGCGGACCCUUUGGUCCACCAGGAAAUGCACCAUCGCCUGAUCCAAUACGAAAUGCAUUUGGCCGACCUCCGUUUGGCGCUGGGUUCACCAAUCUGCGAAGCAAUUCCACCACCCCGGCGGACGUACCCGUCCCAACUUCCCACGCUACUCCUCGCACUGGCGCACCAAAGACGUUGAAGAUUCACUUUACGGAUUCGCAGGCGCUCUCACAGACAACAAACGUGGAUGUCACAACAGACACGUACAUUGCCGAAGUUCUCGAGUCGCUGUGUAAGAAAUGGACCCUUGAUCGAGCUCACCACGUCCUGCGCGUCAGUGGCACAAACACGAUUGCUCCGCUCGAUCGAACAGUCGAAUCGCUCGGCGACCGAUCUGAUCUCGAACUCAUUCGUAAACGUUUUGCCAAUGACGGCUUCUUUGGCGGCUCGCCCACCAGCACCAGCCCUAAUGCGCCGCUGUUACUCACCACAGAUCCACCAAAGAAGGGCAAAAAGGGCGUCAUCCAUCCCCUUGCGCAGGACUGGAUCGGCAGCACGGCCAAUUACAAGAAAUACAAUGUGCUUCGAAAGCAGCCCAUGUCAUUCACCCCUUCGCACUCACGUAUCCUCGUGCUUGAUGGCGAGUAUAUGCACAUUAUGCCUGGGGAGACAGGACGAACGUUAUUCGAUGCGGGUGGCAAGACUACCACUAUUCAUUUCAGCAGCGUCGUUGGAUGCAAAGUCAGCAGGAGGCAUCCAAAGACUUUUAGAGUGGUUGUCUUCAAAGAACGCGAAUCCAAGCGGUACGACUUUGAAGCACAAAAUGCCGACGAGGCAGCGGAGAUUAUCGCCGAGAUUAAAAAGGGUCUUGAACCAUUUCAAGACAAUAAUUUUAUCUAA